CUUUGCAGCCCGGUUUACUCGCUUUCUGUUGAGUGGGCGUGGCGAUGUGGUGGUUCUGCGCAUGCGCGUAUCACGCUCUCGUUUGCCCCUCCCACUGAAGACUGUCAAACAGGCACACACACACAGUACUUUAGAGUUUUUAUAACUAUAAGGAUCUUGUAACAGCGCUGAGGAUCAAUCCAAAUGUCAUCUCAACUGUUCGUGGAUCAGUGUUGUUACUAAUGAAAGGUCGUAGCUGAGAUGCGCGACGCGCUGUUAACGCCUGUCAGACGCUUCCCGUGGGCGACCAAUGUGACCCUGUACGGGUGCCUGUUCGCGGGCGGCGAUCUCGUGCACCAGCGCUUCUCGCGUAAAGAACAGGUGGACUGGACUCACACGAGAAAUGUGGCCGUGGUCGCGUUCAGCUUUCACGGCAACUUCAAUUUCUUCUGGAUGCGGUUCCUGGAGCGACGCUUCCCCGGUAACGCGUUGCGAGCGGUGAUGCAGAAGCUCGUGCUGGACCAGACGCUCGCCGCGCCGCUCGCCAUCAGCGCCUUCUACACAGGUGUGAGUUUCAUGGAGGGCAGAGAUGAGGUCCUGCAGGACUGGAAGGACAAAUUCCUCAACACGUACAAGACCGGGCUGAUGUACUGGCCGUUCAUGCAGUUCCUGAACUUCUCCCUGGUCCCGGCGCUGAUCCGCACGAUGUUCUCCGGCUGCUGCGUGUUCGUCUGGGCCUGGUUCCUCUGCUUCUCCCAGCGGAGCGGAGACGGGACCGUCACGCCAGCGCUGGACUGGAUCAGAGCCGGCCCGCGCGGACCAGAACCACCCGUCUCAGGGAAGAGCGGCGGAGAAUGAAGCCUUUAAACGUUAGAAAAUGUGGAAAAGAUUAUUUGUGACCAGUCCAAACUAGCUGGAGAGCCAAUCCUGCUCUUUGAGGUUGCUUUUUUAAAUAUUUAAUUUCUCCUUAUAUUAGUUUUAUCUCCGUCAUUCAAACACGAUUCCCGGGACAUAAAUUUAGUGCUGAUAUUUAUUUGUACAUUGUAAAGAACCAUAAUAUUUUGAGUUUCUGUUGAUCAAACCAAUCGCCUUAAUUGUAUUAAUUUAUUACGUUAGUUUUGUUUGUCUUCAUUUUAUGAAACGGUUCCUGGGACAUACAUUUAGUUAUUGUACUAAUAUUUAUUGUAUGUGCGUCUGACUGGGGUUUGCAAAUUUUCUUUUUAUUAAUUGCUUUGAAUGCUCCUAGGUACCUUACUAAUAUAAUCUUAUACCCAGCAAACACAGAAUGUUCCCCUAACGUUCACGAAUGGUUCCCAUGAGGUUAUUUUUUUUUUGGUAACCAAACAAGAACGUUAUAGGAACGUUCCAUUUAGGUUAUUUUUAGGUUCC